CGCGCGAGCGUUCCGGUGGAGUGUCAAACACGUUCACGCGCUACCGGAGUUCGCUUCCGUGUUCGGUAGCAGGGAAGACGAGACCGAGAUCCCGGGACUUUAUUCACCUUUAACUAGUAGUAUUAUUAUUCUACUGUUCGGUUGUUAAGCUGCGCGAACUUCAUGGCCCGCGAAUCGUCAGCAAGUUUCAGGAUUGAAACCGGUCUUUACUGUGGAUAAACAAGAUGGAUGUAGCUGAAAAUUUUGCUUACGAUGUUUAGGAUGUCUAAAGAACAAGAGCUGAGGAUAUAAAUUGCCUGUGUUUAAGGAAUUAACUGCUAACGUGAUGCUUGGGAAGCAAAGACAUGCUGCGUGUUGUGGAGAAACGAGAUCAUGCAUGUCUGAAGUGAGACUAUAACUCGUCAGGGUUGGAUAGCAGCCAUGGGGAAAGAGCAGGACCUCCUGCUGGCUGUGAAGAAUGGAGAUCUUCUCGCUGCCCAUAAACUCAUUGCCAAGACCAAGGCCAACCGAAAUAAGUUACUAAGCUCGACAAAGAAACUGAACAUCAACUUCCAGGACACAGAUGGGUUUUCGGCUCUGCACCAUGCGGCUCUCACGGGCACCACGGACCUGCUGUCUUUGCUCCUGGACGCCCAGGCUACGGUGGACAUCAAGGACCGCAACGGAAUGCGUCCGCUCCACUACGCUGCCUGGCAGGGGAAGGCCGACUCCGUCCUCAUGUUGCUGAGAGCUGGAGCUUCUGUUAACGGAGCGUCACAGGAUGGACAAAUCCCUCUGCACCUGGCUGCUCAGUACGGACACUAUGAUGUUUCGGAGAUGCUUCUUCAGCACCAGUCCAAUGCAUGUAUGGUCAACAAGGCCAAGAAGACCCCACUGGACCUGGCCUGUGAGUUCGGCAGGUUAAAGGUGGUGCAGCUGCUGUUGAGCAGUAACAUGGUGGUGGCUCUACUGGAGGGCAACGGGAGAGACAACACACCCCUGCACCUCGCUGCUCGCAACGGUCACAAGGACAUCAUCAGGCUGCUCCUGAAAGCGGGAAUCGAUAUCAACAGAAUCACGAAAGCCGGCACGGCGCUUCACGAGGCGGCGCUCUACGGCAAAACCGACGUUGUGAAGCUGCUAUUGGAUGCUGGGAUUGACGUGAACAUCAGGAACACGUAUAACCAAACGGCCCUGGACAUCGUCAACCAGUUCACCACGUCUCACGCCAGCAAAGACAUCAAACUGCUGCUCCGAGAAGCCUCAGGAGCAAUGCAGGUGAGGGCACUAAAGGACUACUGGAACCUCCACGAUCCUACAGCUCUGAACAUACGUGCCGGAGACGUCAUUAUGGUUCUGGAGCAGCACAUGGAUGGGCGUUGGAAAGGACACAUUCAUGACAGUCAGAGAGGCAUUGACCGGGUUGGGUACUUCCCUCCUUCCAUCGUAGAGGUCAUAACCCGGAGAUCGGGGGGCUUCCUGUCUCGCCAGGCCUCUCUGCCCAACCAUAGACAUCACACCCUAGCCAGAGCUCCACCCCUUUCCAGCAGCCCUCGCCCCACCCCUCAUACUGACGACUCAUACACGCUGUAUUCACCCACUCAUCCCAACUCACCACGCCAAAACGGCCUGAACCUACACCCAGGUUCUCCUCUCAACAGUCCCAGCGCCUUGUGUAUUCCAGCUAGUACCAAAGAGCCAGAGGAUAUUUGGGUCCUCAGGAGCUCUUUCGCUGGAGACAGAAACAGUGUUGGAAGUGCAGGCAGUGUAGGGAGCAGUCGUAGUGCUGGCAGUGGACAGAGCACUGAGGGCAACUUUACCCACAAUGCACAGCAUCCGAGCUGCCCCACCACACAGGACAUCAACAAGGUCUCGCCUUCUGGUGGUGAACCCAUAGAACAGCAUGUCCUGGCUUCGGAUUUUGUUAACCCUGAUCCUGCAGGUCAUGGGCCGGAUCAGAGCAGCUCCAGAGCCAGCGAACAAGCUGUCAGGCAACAUGUUAUCCGUCCGGAGCACUUACUGGAGGGCAGGGAUGCCGAGGCCAUCUACCAGUGGCUGUGUGAGUUUCAUCUGGAACAGUACACUAAAAACUUCCUGACAGCUGGUUACGAUGUACCAACCAUCAGCAGAAUGACUCCUGAGGAUCUUACAGCCAUUGGUGUGACCAAGCCAGGUCAUCGCAAGAAGAUCUCCACUGAGAUCAGCAAACUGAACAUCCCAGAAUGGCUACCAGACUACAUCCCUGCGGACAUUGGUGAAUGGCUUGGUACCAUUGGACUCUCCCAGUACCAGAAAAGACUAGCAGAGAAUGGCUACGAUUCCAUUAACAUUGUGCGAGAUAUUACAUGGGAGGAUUUGCAGGAAAUUGGCAUCAAUAAGCUCGGCCACCAGAAAAAGAUGAUGCUUGCAGUAAAGAAACUUUGUGAUGUACACAAGGCUUUGAGGAACCAAGCAGAAGGAAAUGGGACGCUGCCAAGAAGAAGACACCCCCCUGCCCUGGAGCUGGUGGCUAUAGAGUCAGCUGACUGCGCCGAUGGUCCUACCUCACCUCUCUCAUCAAAAAUGCUCACAUUCCAGGAUAGCGAGCUAAGCACUGAGUUGCAAAAUGCUAUGAUUCAGAGUGGCUACAGUGGCUGCCAGGAAGGGUUUAGUGCUGUGCUAAGUGGAACAACAACCAUGUCGGUAAGUCAAGAGAGUAUUAGUACACGCUCACAGGGCACUGGACACUCACAGGAAUGGCCUUUGACUUCUGUAACUUCCCAUAGCCAAUCAAAUGAGAGUUUAAGCAGCUCAGACUCCAGUGUCCUCAAGGAUUGCCCAGUUUUGCCUGCCAAGAUGGCACCACCAUUGCCUUUAAAGAAGCAGCUGCCUACACGUGGCAGCCCACCGAUAACACCAAGCAAGACAGCUCGAUUAGCCUACCCUGCAGGCCAGUCCAGUCCUGGAAUAUCUACAAAACCUGAUGGUUCUUCCAUUCAAAGAGGUUUUAGCUACCUGCAAAAUAUCAGUUCAGAUCAGUCUUGCACAGCUCAAUCUAGACCCAGUGGUAUAAAUGGCCAUCCAAAGAAGCGCACCCAAAGCCUGUCACGGUAUGCCCUUUCUGAUGGGGAAGGAGAAGAACCCGAAGAACCAGCAUUACCACCCAACCUGGUCUCAUAUGCUACACUCACACGCAAGCCUGGCCGUGGUCAAAUAACUGCUGCUGACAGGCAGGUGGGUCGGACUCAAUCCUUCGUGAUACGUGCCAAGAGAAAGGGGCCACCCCCACCUCCCCCCAAACGGCUGAGCUCUGCCUCGAGUGCAGGAACUAGUGGUGGGGUGGAAACUGAGAGUUCUGGGAGUGUUCAAAUCAUUGCAGCCAGACUGGAAAAGAGUGGAGAAAGCUCCACUAAGACCCCCAGCAGCCCAUCGUUUAAAUGUCCUUCAUCAGUUACCCAGUCUAAAACUAUAAGCAUUCAGCGAGAGACAACCAGUGAGGUCUCUCUAUGUAAAACUGGUCAUGCAGAACUCAGUAGAGUAAAACCUGUGGAGCAAGACAUGAAUCCUCAGUCAAACCAAGAGCAUACACCUUCUAUGUCCCUUCAGGGAACCUCAUGUGAAAGCAUUCCAUUUGCUCAAGAGGGCAAAGGGACCAUAAAGCAGCGGCCAAGAAUGGAAAUGGCUAAAAUGGACCCUGAAAUUUGCUUCCAGCCACUGCAACCUCCUCAGCCGCCUAAACCAUCCUUAAAAUUACCAGAGUUCAAUCUUAAGGAGUCAGACACUGUCAAGAGGAGACAUAAACCAAGAGAAAAGGAACUGCAGAUUACUAGUCAGGACCCACUAUCAGGAGGGGAGAGUUCCCCAGAGGCUACGAUCUCAUUUUGCAUGUCAAAUAGUGGACCAACAGGGAAUCUCUCUCCAAAGAAACCUCAAAUGCCCAGCAAACCAACACGGCAUACUGCUGCAGCACCACUGGUUGUAGGUGGGCCUCCUCAUAUAGUGACAACCAGGAUGGGGCAGGACAUUGCCUUUACUGCUUCAUCUCCAAUAAGAAAAGAGGCUCCAGCUAUUAGUGGGACCCAGGACCAAAAACAGGAUGAGUUUGUCCACAAGCGUAUAGAGCAGACCAGCACUUCUCUAGUGGCAGCCCUUGAAGUGGUGGAGAGAAAUUUGUCUCAGAAGGACGGAACUGACAGUGGAGCUUACACUGUAAGAUCAGCGAGUAACAUUCUGGAUGACAUCGGGAACAUGUUUGAUGAUCUCGCCGACCAGUUGGAUGCCAUGCUGGAUUGAUCCCAUUCUUUCAUUUUGUACUGUUUGCAUACCAGCUUCUUGGUGACAGAGAGUCUUUUUCACUUAUCGGAAGACCUUCAAGUCCCGUCAGUUUCUUCUCUCCGAUUGAUGCCUUCCUUCUGGAUGGUCGACAAAUCACUGGAUUCGUGGCAUAGAUUGUGAACUUGCAACGCGGUGUGGCAUCGUUGGAGAAGUAGGACUAAGAUGACUAUGCGUAUCAGAGCUGAGCGUAUUUGCCCUGUUGGCUCAUUCACACAUGGUCUGGUCAUUUUGCUCCUGCCAGGACUUCACAGCACUUACUGUUUACUGCAUCCCAGAUGUUGGGAGGAGAAAGAUUUUCAUUUCCUGUUUCAUACAGGAGAAAAAACAAGCGCUUUAUCCAGGCCCUAAGGUGCACGCGACAUAAUUUGUUAUACUACUGUAUAACAAAAGCAUGACAGCUACUACUUGUGUGUGUGUUUAAUGUAUGCCAGAGUCGUCUUUGAUGAACGUCCAAUAUUUUCCAGACACUAAUUCAGAAAUACUAUCAUCUCUACAAAGAAAGUUAUUACUGUACAUAGCAGUGUUUUACACUGUAAGUCUUUACAAAGCAAAAAGGAAAAAAAAAAUCAAGUUUACUAUAAUUUAUACUAUAUAAGUAACUUUCGCUUGUCUGUUCACUGCUGUUAUGAUAUGUGAUAUUGAUAAUGUUAUGUUCAUUAUCUCUAUGGUGGUUAACUACACAGAGUGUAACUCAUAACCCUCCAUAACUUCUGUAAAAACACUAACAAAUGGCAAAACUCCCAUAACUGCCUAAAAAUCAUGCCUGCCAUAAAUACAGUGCAUAUUGUCACACUACAGUUACUGCUUGAGUAGCAUUCACAUCACAAAAACACAAAGAAAUGGCCAAAAUACAUUUACAUUUAAUCAGGUAGUUCACGUGUUGAAAGUAAAGCGUCCUGAAAUACAUGCGUGCGCGAUUAGCCAUAACAUUACGAUCACGGACAGAAGCACUAAACAACACUGAUCACCAGCAAACUGGCGGCAGGAUCAUGGGCACCCCAGGCUCACCUCAGGCCCAUAAGGACCAAAGGCCAGCCUGUCUGGUCUGAUCCCACAGAAAAGCCAAUGCAGCACAAAUACCUAAAAGAAGUCAAUGCUGGGCAUGAUAGAAAGGCGCCAGAGCAUCCAGUGAAACACAGCCCCUUAAACGCUCCAGAUGCGUAUGCCGGACAAACGGAGGCCCCACCCUGCAAGAAAUAGACAACCAAGUCUGAUCCACACAGCAUCCUGGUGCUACACACCACAGCAUGCUCCCAGAAAGGGCUAGAGCUGUCCCGGAGGGCACAAGGAGGACCUGAAAACUUAGAUGGUUUUAAACGUUCUUUAAAAUAGUUUUAAAGGCUUGCUGAUAAUUGCUGGAUAAUCAAGCUUACAAAAUCACUCUAUCUUAGAAAUAGAAAUCCUAAAAUAUGGUAGUGCGCAUACAGUUUAAAAAUAAAACCUGUAACAAAAGUGAGAACAAUUGUAACUUCUAAAGUAACAUUCAUGCAGUUAACUACUGUAAUCGCUAGAAUGGAUUUCUGUUGGGGGGAAAAAAAGCCAAUGUUUUAUAAGUGCUGGAGAGUUUGGCCUACAACAUAACCAUAAAUACCUUUUGGCUAAAGAGCGUCAUGACAACCUUAAAAACAUUAACAAAUGGGCAGUGUGUUUUAACUGAUCAAGUUGCAUAUCCUACAAUAAAUACACAUUAAAAUAGGAAACCCUAAUUCCUUCAGUACUGUAAGGAUGCUCACUGCAUGGGCAGACGACCUUAUCCACUACCGCCAGAUUAAUACCGAAAACCCGAACUAAUGUUCUGCUGCUAUCAUAAUACAGCAAUUAUAAAAACACCAGCAAAUGGGCAAACUACCAUAAUCGCUAGACAAGCAGGGCUAUCGUAAAACCACUGCAAGUUGGGUAAAUAAUUGUAAAAUAAAAUGUGUACCGUAUGAACCAACGAAUGGCCAAACUUAUUUAACCUCCUGUGUUUAUGAUAUUAAGACACCAAAUACCAGAUUUGUACCAUAAUUGGGUAAAUGCACUGACAAAAAUCCGAAAUCAAAAGCAUGCCCUAAAAACUAUUGUCAGUUACGAUGAUGUACAAGUAAUGUAAAUUUUCUGUACCUAUUUGAGUGAAAUGAAAUCUUUUAUUAAUUCAAAGGUAUUAAUUACCAAAGCCAAGGAAGCCGGCAAAAUGUGUAAAACUGUGGACCAAAUUUGUCAGACUGACGCUGACUGCAGAAUUAGGACCAAUGCUUUAUUUGCACAGUUAUUAGUAACACUCGACAUGAAACAUGCAUUCAAAUGCAUUUAUAACAAAUUCUUAAGCAUACAUCAUGCCUUACGGUGCUAACAAUGCUACAAUGCUAAUAGCAUGAUUUUUUUUUUUUAUGAAUUAAAGGCAACACAUCAUAGCUAUUACUUUUCAAAGUCAGACGCUGACUUUAUCUUUCUCUUAGAGUUAAUAAAAUGGAGAUGUUUCGGUUGUCAUGUUGAGAAACUAAAAAGUGCAAAGACUUUCCAGUGGCAUAAAUCUAACUGACUGUAAUAAAUCACUGGCACGGCAAACUCCUGCCAUAAAUCUUCCAUAGAACACUUCGCCAGAAACGGAAACGUCACCAGCUGUACAUUUUACUUUAUUAUACUUUUUUUUUUUUUAAACUCCUUUUACUUUUUGCCUUAGAUUAUGUCGAGCAUUUGCUACCCAAGGCCCUGUAAUAAGUGGUUACCAUAGGACGAGCACUUUAAUGUAAAACCCUGUCAUUGUGUUAUGGUUUUAUAAAUUGUUCAGCAUGUGACUGUACCCAUCCAGGAACAUGUACACACAUUUAUGUUGCGCAUUACAAGGUAUUAUGUAUGCUAUAUAUUAAAAAAAAAAAAAACAUUUCAGAAUGGGGUGUAAAAUGGAUAAUGAAUACAUGAUUCGUCAUAAGCGUUACCCAGUUAUCCCCUAUGACUGUAAAUAAAAUCCAAACAGCCCUUUCAUCUGUUCCACAGAUUCCCAGUAUGAGUUGUUAAUAGUGUUAAUAAUAAAUAGUCAUAGUUUUUAUAGCAAGAAAUGGUAUUAAAUAGCAUUGAAUGCAUGUAUAGUGUUUCUGUUUGCAUCUUUCACGUGUAAUGCUGAUUAAAAAGGGACAUUUCUGUUGUA